AUGAAGUCUUUCUUGAUCCUCGCUCUGGGCCUUGUGAGCGUGACUACUGCUUUGCCCACGAGCCAGACUCCUAGCACCGUCGUUGCUCAGCAAGCAGUAUGCCCCAUGAACACUCCUUGUACACACCAGGAGAAUUGUACCCGGUUUGGCAGAAAUUGCUUUUGCCAUAACGGAGGUGCCGAGGGGGCCCCUGGGCUUUGUGAAGACUGGGUAAAGUUCGGGCAGAGUAUUUCCGGAGGACGUCACCAGUAA